AUGUCUCAACUGUACUACCGGAGGACAGACAACUCCUCCUACAGGGACCGGAUCCCUCUGAGGAUUGUCAGGGCCGAGUCUGAACUGUCUGGCCUGGAGAGGAACUACCUGGGAGCAGUGGAGAAAGGAGACUAUGCCUCAAUCAAACAGGCUCUAGAGGUAGGGAUGAAGGGAGGAGAGGAAAGGGGGCGGGAGGAAGGGAGGGGAUGGAGGAGAAAGGAGACUAUGCGUCUCAGUCAAACGGGCUCUGGAAGUAGGGAAGAAGGAAGGAGAGGGAGGGAGGGAGACAGAGGUGGAGAGAGGGAGGAAGGGAGGGGUCGAGAGAAGGGAGGGAGGAGAAAGCAUACUAUACCUCCGUCAAACAAGCUCUAGAGGUAGGGAUGGAGGGAGGAGCGGGAAGGGAGAUGGAGGAAGGAAGGGAGGGAGAAAGAGGGAGGGAGGUAGGGAGGGAGGGAGGGAGGGAGGGAGGGAGGGAGAAAAGGAGGGAGGGAUAAAUAAGUCUCAGUUCAAGUACAACAUCAAUAAACAUGAUACAAUUUGCUGUCAUGAUACCAUAAAACUAAGUAAUCAUCCGUUGUCAUUCCCCCUCCCGCCUAUAGGAGGCAGAGAUCUACUUCAGGAUCAACAUUAACUGUAUAGACCCGUUGGGCCGCACAGCUUUGCUGAUAGCUAUAGAGAAUGAGAACCUGGAGAUUAUAGAGCUGCUGCUCACCUAUAACGUGUACGUCGGUGACGCUCUGCUACACGCCAUCCGUAAAGAGAUGGUGGGGGCCGUGGAACUGCUGCUCAACCAUAAGAAGCCCAGCAGGGAGAAACAGGUAGGACAGUUGCAGUGUGCUUCCCAAAUGCCACCCUGUUCUUGAGUGUUGGCUAUAGUCACUUGGUGGAGGGGUGACUAGCCUACAUUCACCUGCAUACAGCACAACACACUGUCCUUGUGUUAUCACAUACAAUACCAAUAGGCUACCUGCUUUACAAUCAGAUUGGUCUUGAGAAAGGCCUUAGACCAGACAUGUUGACAUAGAACAGUCUCUACUAUAUGCCCUCUUCUUGUUUUUCCUAUGCAUUACACUACCCCAUGCCCUCCCAGGCACAUACUCAUUCCUAUAAGGAUUACUUCAACCCUAUUUUAUUUUUAAGGGGAUAGAUCAGCUAUGAAAUUAGCAGAUAUAAGUCUAUCAAAUAACAUUACUUACUUAAUUUCUAAUCCCCCCCCCCCUUUUUAUAUAUAUAAUGCCCCCACCACCCUCUCCCCUGGUUGGAGGACUUGGUGGAAAACAUUACAAUUCAACUCUUAACUUUCAACUGAGAGCUUCAAGGAGAACAUGUACAUGUGCAAUUUAGAAAUGUUUCUCCAUGCUAUAACACUACAUUACUACACUACAUUACAUAUUCUUCCUCCUCACAUCUCUUGCUUCAGCACAGUGUCUCUCUCUUCCCUUUUCACUUAUCUCUCUGUAUGUGUUGGUCUACUCUAAGUAACUGCUUCUCUCAGAACUGCAACGAUAUACGCUACUAUGGGCAAUUUACACAUUUUCCCUGUACACUUGCACUCUGGAUAUUUGAACCAUAAUUCUUACUUAUAUUCUCCACAGCAUCUCUUCCCUCUCUGUGUUGAUCUUGGUUGCAUCCCAAAAUGGCACCCUAUUACAUAUUUAGUGCACACUACCCUAUAGGCCCUUAUCAAAAUUAGUGCGCUAUAUAGGGAAUAGGGUGCCAUUGAGACUAAGCCAUGAACAGGUGAACAUAGGUAUGAUAAAACAGACAGGGACUCCCUGAGGUCUGAAAGAGCAAGCUUUACUCUGCUUGUUGCUUUAUUUAAAUCACAGCUGAUCUACUAGACUAGAUCCUCCUCACCACAUCUCCUAGCCCUCCUGUGAUUCCUCUAUUUACAGUCUGUUUAUUUAUACACUCUCUUCGUGAUAUGUUAAUCAUCUGAUUUACAUUUCUGUUGAUCACUAUAGCAAACGAGUCAAUAUGCAGGUACUGUCUUUCAUCUGUAUAGGCUACUGUAUUUUUCUGAUUUGUGUAUACAGUGAUACAUCUGUAGCCUAUUGACGACAUCUUAUUAUGUGAAACUGUGAAAAGGUUACAUGAUCUUACCGGUCCUAAAGGCAGGCAGGCAGUAGGCAAAGGAUAAGGUGCAAAAGUCAAUUUUUCAAAAUAACGGUUGUGAUGGUAGAAUACAUAAACAUGUUGGGAAGUUAGGCAAAUUACUUACAAAAACAAACAAACUAGGGGAAAAAAUGUAGUUCCCGGGGCAGCAGGUAGCCUAGUAGUUAAGAGCCUUGGGUCAGUAACCAAAAGGUCACUGGUUCAAAUCCCUGAGCCGACCAGGUGAAAAAACUGUUGAUGUGCCCUUGAGCAAGGCGCUUAACCCCAAUUGCUCCUGUAAAUGUAAAAAUGAAAUCAAAAAUGAAAUCAAAAUCAUGCUGAACUCAAUCCAAAAUCUGGAUUUGGCCUUAGGCUGUGGGUACUAUGACAACAAAAUGGGCCUACAGCCUACACACAUAUGGACACUCUCCUCAUCAGAACGUACAGAACACUGACAAAGCCACCUGUGAGGGAGCUCAAGGUAUUUCUACCUGGCUUUGCCAGUGUUCUGAAGGGGAGAGUAAACGUAUGUGGGUGGGGAGUGAGGCGGUGCCAAGAAGUGGCGACAUGCUCAAAGCAUUAGAAAUAAAUGCACAAACUGAAGGAAAAGAACUACCCAUGGAUAAUUGGGCACUUGGAAACAAGUAUUUAGCAGCGGUGCACAUGUUUAAAACAGUAACAAUAUUGGCAUGUCAUAAUUAGGCCUAACACAAGGGUGUACAAGUGAGAGUGGGGCUGUGGCCAUCACAGAAACGACCAGGCAAAACUCUUCCCAACAAAUUAUACAAUAUCUUGAAUUAUGAUAUUAGGCUAUUUAAACUCAACCAUUUAUCUUGAAAAAUAUAUAUUUUAGUGUGACUAUUACUCUAGUUUGCAGAGGGCCAAAAAUAGAACAUGAAAUGUAACCGGAAGACAUACACAGUCCUGAAAUGCAUACAACUUUAUCAAAAUACAGCGUGCAUUAUCAAGGUUACAUAUAUGUUUUAGCUAGUUUUAAAACAAAGGACAGAAAUAGAACAGAACAGAAUGUCUGAUACUGUCACGAACGUUGAGAGACGGGUCAGACCAAGGUGCAGCGUGGUAUGCGAACAUGUUUAUUAAACUGAAUAUACACUGACAAAACAACAAAAGGCAAGGAAACGUGACGUCGGAAGGCUAUACACAAACAAGAUCCCACAACCCAGGCAGGAAAACUGGCUGCCUAAGUAUGAUCCCCAAUCAGAGACAACGAGCGACAGUUGCCUCUGAUUGGGAACCACACCCGGCCAACAUAGAAAUACAAAACCUAGACUUUCACACCCUGACCAAACUACCUAGAUAUUAAAAGUCUCUCCAGGUCAGGGCGUGACAGAUACACACACACACACACACACACACACACACACACACACACACACACACACACACACACACACACACACACACACACACACACACACACAUACACAUACCUUUACAAAGAAAGUCUAUGGGGGCUGAACACUUCUCAAACACAUUUUCAAAGACGUCAAAGAAAACUCCCACAGCACCAGAGCUGCUCUGAAACUAUUUGGAUUCAAAUAUUUUCAUAUAACAACUGAGGCCCUUCUAACUAGAUGGACAAGAAAGCAUAGAGCCACCUAUGCUGUUAGCUAUUGAGACAAUGUCUAGAUACACCAUACAGUAUUCCAUCUGAAUUAGGAUUAUGUCCCUCCAUCAGAUGGAGAGAGGGAGAGAGAGAGGAGUGUAAUAGAAGAGUGUAUUUAAACCCUCUCAUCUUUCUAUCAGAGGAGACCGUGGCGUCUCUCUAUCUCCACCUCUCUUUCUCCAUCUCUUCUGAGGGAGAUUAGAGAUAGUGAUAAUAAGGUCAGACUCCAUCUCAACAGCAUGACCUUACUGGCAUCGUUAUGCAAACACAUAAUCUGAACCACACAUUCAUGCACGCACACACACCAUCAGGAGCAUCAGGAAUCAAUGACAAGAAGACCUGUGGUUUACGGGAACAUCACUUAGAUCUGAGUUGUGGUGAUAAAGGGAACAGUAAUGUAAUCCUGUUAGCUAGUAUUUCCUCAUACAGUAAGUGAAGUGGUCACUCAAGUGCCUCUUUCCUUAUUACCUCCUCCCAGAGGGAGACCAAUCAGACUGUGCAUGUGUCCCAAAUGGCCCCCUAUACCCUAUAUAGUGCACUACUAUUGACCAGAGCCCUAUGAUGGUGCCAUUUGGGACGUACCUUAAAUGAUUAGACCCUGUCAAUCAAUCAAUCAAAUGGAUUUAUAAAGCAGAUGUUACAAAGUGCUUUUACAGAAACCCAGCCUAAAACCCCAAAGAGCAAGCAAUGCAGAUGUAGAAGCAUGGUGGCUAGGAAAUACUCCCUAGAAAGGCAGGAACCUAGGAAGAAACCUAGAGAGGAACCAGGCUCUGAGGGGUGGCCAGUUCUCUUCUGGCUGUGUCCGGUGGAGAUUUAAAGAGUGCAUGGUCAUUAAGGCCAGAUCAUUCUUCAAGAUGUUCAAACAUUCAUAGAUGACCAGCAGGGACAAAUAAUAAUCACAGUGGUUAUAGAGGGUGCAACAGGUCAGCACCUCAGGAAUCAAUGUCAGUUUGCUUUUCAUAGCCGAGCAUUCAGAGGUCGAGACAGAAGGUGCGGUAGAGAGAGAGAGAGAAAAGAGAGGGAGAGGGAGAGAGAGGGUCGAAACAGCAGGUCAAAAGGUAGCACGUCCAGUCAACAGGUCAGGGUUUCAUAGCCGCAGGCAGAACAGCAGAAACUGGAUCAGGUCCUCCGGGUGGGGAGAGCAAGAGAGCGAGAGAGAGAUGGGAGAAUUAGAGGGAGCAUACUUAAGAUCACACCAGAUAAGACAGGAUAAUUUCACCAGAUAGAACAGGCUGACCCUAGCCCCCUGGCACAUAGACUACUGCAGCAUAGAUACUGGAGACUGAGACAGGGGGGGUCGGGGGACACUUUGGCCGCGUCCGACGAUACCCCGGGACAGGGCUAACCAGGCAGGACAUAACCCCACCCUCUUCGCCAAAGCACAGCCCCCACAUUACAAGAGGGAUAUCAACAGACCCCCAACUUAUUACCCUGAGACAAGGUGGAGUAUAGCCCACGAAGAUCUCCCCCACUGCAAGAGCCCGAGGGGGCGCAAAACCGGACAAGAAGAUCACGUCAGUGACUCAACCCACUCAAGUUGAGUAUAGCGGUACUCAAUGUGAUCCCUCACGGACGGCAUGGGAGAGCACUAGCAAGCCAGUGACUCAUAGGGUCAGAGGCAGAGAAUCCCAGUGGAGAGAGAGGAGCUGGCCAGGCAGAGACAGCAAGAGUGGUUCGUCACUCCAGUGCCUUGCCGUUCACGUUCACACCCCUUCCUCCAGGAGAAAGCCCUGCCUUCAGCUGUUUGCUUAGAAAUUCUAGGAACAAUAAGGAGGCCUGCGUCUUGUGACUGUAGUGUACACUACCGGUCAAAAGUUUUAGAACACCUACUCAUUCAAGGGUUCUUCUUUAUUUUUUUCAACAAUUUUCUACAUUGUAGAAUAAUAAUGAAGACAUCAAAACUAUGAAAUAACACAUAUGGAAUCAUGUGUUAAACAAAUCAAAAUAUAUUUUAUAUUUGAGAUUCUUCAAAGUAGCCACCCUUUGCCUUGAUGACAGCUUUGCACACUCAAAUAUAACAUAUAUUUUGAUUUGUUUAACACUUUUUUUGGUUACUACAUGAUUCCAUAUGUGUUAUUUCAUAGUUUUGAUGUCUUCACUAUUAUUCUACAAUGUAGAACAUUUUAAAAAUAAAGAAAAACCGUUGUAUGAGUAGGUGUUCUAAAACUUUUGACCAGUAGUGUAUGUGUAGGUAUGUACGGCAGGACCAAAUUGGAGCGAUAGGUAGGAGCAAGUCCCUGUAAUGCUUUGUAGGUUAUCAGUAAAACCUUGAAAUCAGCCCUAGCCUUAACAGGAAGCUAGAGGCUAGCACUGGAGUUAUAUGAUCAAAUGUUUUGGUUCUAGUCAAGAUUCUAGCAGCUGUAUUUAGCACUAGCUGAAGUUUAUUUAGUGCUUUAUCCGGGUAUCUGGAGAGUAGAACAUUGCAGUAGUCUAAUCUUGAAGUGACAAAAGCAUGGAUUAGCUUUUCUGUAUAAUUUUUGGACAAAAGGUUUCAGAUUUUUGCAAUGAUACGAAGAUGAAAAAAAGCUGCUCUUGAAAUAUUUUUGAUAUGUUCGUCAAAAGAGAGAUCAGGGUACAGAGUAACACCGAGAUCCUUCAUAGUUUUAUUUGAGACAACUGUACAACCAUCCAGAGUAAUUGUCAGAUCAAACAGCAGAUCUCUUUGUUUCAUGGGACCUAUAACUAGCAUCUCUGUUUUGUCCGAGUUUAAAAGUAAAAAAUGUGCCGCCAUCCACUUUCUUAUGUCUGAAACAGUCUUCUAGGGUAGGCAAUUUUGGGGCUUCACCAUGUUUCAUCGAAAUGUACAGCUCUGUGUUGUCUGCAUAGCAGUGAAUGUUGAUAUUGUGUUUCUGAAUGACAUCACCAAGAUGUAGCAUAUACAGUGAGGGAAAAACGUAUUUGAUCCCCUGCUGAUUUUGUAUGUUUGCCCACUGACAAAGAAAUGAUCAGUAUAAUUUUAAUGGUAGGUUUAUUUGAACAGUGAGGGACAGAAUAACAACAAAAAAAUCCAGAAAAUGUCAAAAAUGUUAUAAAUUGAUUUGCAUUUUAAUGAGGGAAAUAAGUAUUUGACCCCUCUGCAAAACAUGACUUAGUACUUGGUGGCAAAACCCUUGUUGGCAAUCACAGAGGUCAGACGUUUCUUGUAGUUGGCCACCAGGUUUGCACACAUCUCAGGAGGGAUUUUAUCCCACUCCUCUUUGCAGAUCUUCUCCAAGUCAUUAAGGUUUCGAGGCUGACGUUUGGCAACUUGAACCUUCAGCUCCCUCCACAGAUUUUCUAUGGGAUUAAGGUCUGGAGACUGGCUAGGCCACUCCAGGACCUUAAUAUGCUCUUCUUGAGCCACUCCUUUGUUGCCUUGGCCGUGUGUUUUGGGUCAUUGUCAUGCUGGAAUACCCAUCCACGACCCAUUUUCAAUGCCCUGGCUGAGGGAAGGAGGUUCUCACCCAAGAUUUGACGGUACAUGGCCCCGUCCAUCAUCCCUUUGAUGCGGUGAAGUUGUCCUGUCCCCUUAGCAGAAAAACACCCCCAAAGCAUAAUGUUUCCACCUCCAUUUUUGACGGUGGGGAUGGUGUUCUUGGGGUUAUAGGCAGCAUUCCUCCUCCUCCAAACACGGUGAGUUGAGUUGGUGCCAAAGAGCUCCAUUUUGGUCUCAUCUGACCACAACACUUUCAACCAGUUCUCCUCUGAAUCAUUCAGAUGUUCAUUGGGAAACUUCAGACGGGCCUGUAUAUGUGCUUUCUUGAGCAGGGGGACCUUGCGGGCGCUGCAGGAUUUUAGUCCUUCACGGCGUAGUGUGUUACCAAUUGUUUUCUUGGUGACUAUGGUCCCAGCUGCCUUGAGAUCAUUGACAAGAUCCUCCCGUGUAGUUCUGGGCUGAUUCCUCACAGUUCUGAUGAUCAUUGCAACUCCACGAGGUGAGAUCUUGCAUGGAGCCCCAGGCCGAGGGAGAUUGACAGUUAUUUUGUGUUUCUUCCAUUUGUGAAUAAUCGCACCAACUGUUGUCACCUUCUUACCAAGCUGCUUGGCGAUGGUCUUGUAGCCCAUUCCAGCCUUGUGUAGCUCUACAAUCUUGUCCCUGACGUCCUUGGAGAGCUCUUUGGUCUUGGCCAUGGUGGAGAGUUUGGAAUCUGAUUGAUUGAUUGCUUCUGUGGACAGGUGUCUUUUAUACAGGUAACAAACUGAGAUUAGGAGCACUCCCUAUAAGAGUAUGCUCCUAAUCUCAGCUCGUUACCUGUAUAAAAGACACAUGGGAGUCAUAUAUUUCCCUCAUUAAAAUGCAAAUCAAUUUAUAAAAUUUUUGACAUGUGUUUUUCUGGAUUUUUUUGUUGUUAUUCUGUCUCUCACUGUUUAAAUUAACCUACCAUUAAAAUGAUAGACUGAUCAUUUCUUUGUCAGUGGGCAAACGUACAAAAUCAGCAGGGGAUCAAAUACUUUUUUCCCUCACUGUAUAUAGUGAAAACAAUAGUGGUCCUAAAACAGAUCCUUGCGCAGCUGGUCCUCUGUAAUCAACACACACACCACAGCUUCUCCUCAAGUAAAACCUAAUCCAUGUUCCUCUAUUGUAUUGCUUCAUAAAGGAAACAUAUGGUAUUGAUAUUGAUAAUACUACAAUGUUGUUAUGAAUUCAGUUUUGUCUAAUUCAAUUUUCCUUCUUCAAUCGAUAUCUGGAUUGAUCUCUUCUCUCUUGCCCAACAUCCUCCCUAUCUGACUAUAACCCUUAUUUAUCUCUGCCCCGCCCUCCCUCCAGGUUCCUCCCAUCCUAUUGGACAAGCAGUUCUCUAACUUCACUCCUGACAUCACACCCAUCAUCCUGGCAGCUCACACCAACAACUAUGAGAUCAUCAAACUGCUGGUGCAGAAGGGGGUGUCCGUGCCCCAGCCACAUGAGGUGGGUCUGAAUCAGGACAUAAGCGACACUAUGGUGUAGUACUAUGGUAAAUGAUGAAGUACUACAUGCUACAGUAUGAUAUAGUAUGUAAUGGCCCCACGGGGGGCCAGUAUGAAAAAAAGAAAAGAAAGAAUGUAUGCACUCACUAACUGUAAGUGGCUCUGGAUAAGAGCGUCUGCUAAAUGACGUAAAUGUAAAUGUAAAAUGUAAUGUAGUACAGUACAAUAGUCACAGCAGGCUACACUACACUAUACAGUAUGAUACAAUAGUACAGUAUGAUAGUUACAAUACUGCUCUCCCUCCACCUGUGUGUGUUCCAGGUGCGCUGUAACUGCAUGGAGUGUGUGUCCAGCUCUGAUGUGGAUAGUCUGCGUCACUCCCGCUCUCGUCUCAACAUCUACAAGGCCCUGGCCAGCCCAUCACUCAUAGCCCUCUCCAGUGAAGACCCUUUCCUCACAGCCUUCCAACUCUCCUGGGAACUACAGGAACUCAGCAAGGUGGGUUUUUUAACAGAUAUGUGCUAAGUUAAAUUAAUUUAAUUUAAUUGAGGUGGAGGAUGAGUUUGAGUCAAAGAAGAGUGAGGAGUUGUCUCAGCAGUGUAAGUACUUUAUAAGCAGUUUAUGGACUAUUAAUUUAUUUAAUCCUCUUCAUUUUUAUGUGGAACAUAAGGCUUCCACAGGAGAGUGCCACAGACGCCGAUCUUCUGCAUUUUAGGAGAUGGACGGUGUUCCAUGACAGUGUUUAUUUGGGCUCGACAUUUAACUAACAGUUUAUUCCUGUUUCAGGUGGAGAAAGAGUUUAUGUCGGAGUAUAUGGAGUUUUCCUAGCAGUAUAAUGGCUUUAUAAAUAGUUUUUAACUAGUUUAUUGACUGUUAACUAACAGUUUCUGACUGUUUCAGGUGGAGAAUGAGUUUAAGUCGGAGUAUGAGGAGUUAUCUCAACAGUGUAAACAGUUUGCCAAGGACCUGUUGGACCAAACCAGGAGCUCCAGAGAACUAGAGCUGAUCCUGAACUACAGAGACGACAUCAACCCUCUACUGGAUGAGAACACCAACGACCUGGCCAGACUCAAACUGGCUAUCAAAUACAGACAGAAAGAGGUAAGAUAUAACCCAUGUUUCCUCAGGAAGCUGUGUUUAUUGUCAUUUUACUACAUGUUGAAGCUUGGCCAGGUGGCUCUCCCUCCCAAUGUCUUUAGUACAGCUGAGGGUUUUACAUGUUGUAUAUCAUUGGAUAAAGCAUGAAGCUAACGUCUGCUGUUAUCUCUAAGAUAGGAUUGAGAAGUAGUAGAUGGCCGGAUUUGAGUGGAGACUUCCUAUGGGAGUUGUAAUUAUGUGGUAAUCACCAGGCUGCGUCUGAAAAUGGCAUCCUUCCUUAGUGAAACAACACAUUACUAGAGCUAUGUCUCAGUCUGCUGUCCAGUCCCUUGAUGUAAACGUAAUGAAGCAUAAUGAUACAGCAAUAAUGAUGCUACUAAUAGGAUAAUGCUCUGACUGAAUGUUUGCUUGGAAUACUAACUCACAAUACAUCUAAAUUACACAGAAAGCAGCAUGUUGCACAGGAAAACAACAACCUUGGCCACGUCCCAUAUGGCACCCUAUUCCCUAUUUAAAAGUAGUGCACUAAAUAGGGAAUAGUGUGUGGGAUUCAGGCCUUUUAUGGUCUUCUCAUGGCUUGUAUGUCAUCAGUAGUUUGUGGGAAUAUUGUCUCAUGUUAAGUGUAUAGCACUGUAAUGUGAAUUUUUGGUUUAUGGUUGGUUGCUGCUACAGUUACUGUAGAUGAGCAGGUACAGUACAGUUAUGAAAUGGAAGUUGUGAAAUGUUGCCCCCUCCUGAGUAGAAGGGGACACUGCAUCUGUACUCACGUAGAGAGUGAAGAGGACUGAGAACUGCAGAAAAAACACAAAUUCCUUUCUUAAUACUUUUAACCCUUUCCAUGAGACGGACAUUACACAACAUGCUAUAUCUCUUUAGGGUUAGGGAUAGAACAGAGAUAAGAGAGAGACAUUUAUAAAGAACUCCAUGUUCCUGUUUGAAAGAGUGCCUGUCUGUCAAAUCUGUUCCUCAUGAAACAUUGUUAUGUUUUUGUCUCUGUGAGAUUUGAUAGAACCAUCUGCUGAACAUCUGCGCUGCUCUGUGUGAUGGUGAGGUUCAUCUCAGUCUAACAGAAUUACGAAACAAUUACAACCAAAUGGAUCCCCAUCACUUAGAGCAGGGCAUUGUGGGGGAUGAGGUCAUCAGUGAGGUCAUCAAUCAGAGAGCGACUGAGACAGAGAGUGUUUUAGAUAGUACCUGAGACGGCCAGAGUGAUCCUUAUCAAAUCUUGUAAGUAGAGGCAGAUCUGAGAGAAAUACCCUUUUCAUUCUUUUCCUGGAACUGUGCUGACAAGGACAAUAUGAAGAGAAAGCAUCCUACACAGCGCAAUACAGUGUGUGAAGAGGAUAUUAGAGAGGAACAGACAUGCCAGGGAGGGACACUUGGGACCAGGCCAGGGACAGCUGGUAACACUCAUCAGAAUGAUCAGGCACAUUAAGGUCAUUAACAGCUUGAGGUGCUGCUGCACUAAACCAGAAUUAACAGUAAUUGGCUGCGUCCCAAAUGGCACAUAGGAUGUCAUUUGGGAUGCACACAUAAUGUAAUCUGGGAACUCAAUUGACCUCCUCCAUUAGCUGAGUGUGUUUACUGCUGUGCCCAACUGUCCAACUGUCAGUAUGCGGUAUGCUGUACCCAACUGCCCAGGCUUGCUUAAUAUGUGCCUGUUUUCGUGUCAGUUGUUUGUCAAUGUGGAGUGGAAAGCAAGUGAGAAAGAAUAGUAAACAUUGUGACGUUGCAUUAGACACACAGGUCUCCAAUAAGAACUAAUCAAUAAUGUAUCAUAAAGGCUGACUCACUCUCUCGCUCUAUCCCUUCAUGCCUCCCUCCUUCCCUCCUUCCCUCCGUCCCCCUUAAUCCCCCAUCAAUCCCUCUCUCCCUACUCUUUCCCCUCUCCCUUCUCCUUCUCUCUUCCCCUCUCCCUCCCUUCCCUUUCUCCUCCCCCUCUCUCUACUUUCCAACCCUCCCCUACUCCCUCUCCCCUCCUCCCUUCCUCAAUCUCCCUCCUCCAGUUUGUAGCCCAGCCCAACUGUCAGCAGCUGCUUGCGUCUCGUUGGUACGAUGAGUUCCCUGGGUGGAGGCGUCGUCACUGUGCAGGGAAGUUCCUAACCUGUAUCUUCAUCGGCCUCCUCUUCCCCCUCUUCUCCCUCUGCUACCUGAUCUCUCCUAAAAGCCGCUAUGGAUACUUCAUCAGGCAAGUAGCCUAGAGGUUAGAGAGGGAGGUCAGCAACUGGAGGGUUGCCAGUUUGAAUCCCUGGUCUGAUGGGAAAAAGCUGAAGUUGAAUUUAUGUUAGACCUAAUGGACAAUAAAGGAAUCUUCUUCUUCAUCAUUAGGAAGCCCUUCAUCAAGUUUAUCUGCCACACAACGUCGUAUCUCACCUUCCUGUUCCUGCUGCUGCUGGCCUCCCAGCACAUCGUCUCUACAGACCCCAAUAGACAGGGGCCGACUCCUACUGUGGUGGAAUGGAUGAUACUGCCCUGGGUACUGGGUAAGAGUGUGUGUGUGUGUUUGUUUUACGUGCGCAGAGUUGCACAACAUGGUUGAUCAAGAAAGGAAAGACUUGUCUUUCAGCCAAAUACGUAAUCUACCUUUUACAGCUGGUUUUCAUGCAUUGAACGCACACUGCAUUGUAAGACAAUCCAGCCCAUGUGUGUCCUAUGUAACUCCCAUGAUGGUGUUCUGUUAAUCUGUUCAGUACAACCACAUGGCAGGAUACAUGGGCAUGCUACCUGUUUACCUUUUCAUACCUGUCUACCUGUCCUGCAUCACCGCUUGAUAUGGCAAAUGCACCACCCUCGAUCGCAAAGCGAUACAGAGGGUAGUGUGGACAGCCCAGUACAUCACUGGGGCCGAGCUCCCUGCCAUCCAGGACCUCUAUAUCAAGGGGUGUCAGAGGAAGGCCCGAAUAAUUGCCAAAGACUGCAGCCACCCAAGCAUUGUUCACUCUGCUACCGUCUGGCAAACGGUACCAGAGCAUCGGCUCUCGGACCAACAGGCUCAGAGACAGCUUCUACCCCAAGCCAUAAGACUGCUAAUUAGUUAAUUAACGGUUACCCGGACUAUAUACAGUACGCUGACCCUAUCCUGCACUGACUCUAUGCACACUCACACACAAACUACUAUGACACACAACAUCCACACACAUUCACUACAUACGCACCGACAACACAAACACACAUACAGAUGUGGGAUCUUAAUUUGAGCCAGUUUGCUACAGCAGGAAAAAAUCCUGCAGCACCAGGAAAUGUGAAUAAUUAUGUGAAUUAUAAUAAAAUUGACAUUUUUCAUUAGGGCAAAUCAAGUCUGAAAUUUCAAAGUGGAAAUUACAAACUUUAGAAGCCUUCUAAAAACUCAAAUACACUACAAGUUUGCAUUUCCUGCAAAUUCUCAGAAACAAAAAAGUGAUCAAAUUAAGAUCCUACAUCUGUACACACAUGUAUACCGAAACACUUUACCGUGCCUUCAUGUACAUAUCUACCUGAAAUACCUCAUACCCCUGCACAUUGAUCUGGUACUAGUGCUCCCUAUAUAUAGCUCCAUCGUAUUUUAUUCCUAGUUUUUACUAUUUUAGUUUUAUUAUAAUUGUUUAACUCUGCAUCGUUGGGAAGCGCUCGCAAGCCAGCAUUUCACGGUUGAGUCUACACCUGUUGUUUCGGCGCAUGUGACAAAUACAAUUUGAUUUGAUUUGAUUUUAACUCUCCCUCCACCAGAUGAAUGUGGCCAUAGAGCAGAGAAGUGAGACAGACAUGAUAAAUUAGCUCUGCUGGGCGUCAGACAGACAUUACAACCCUAACUCUAGGACUGCAUCCCAAAUGGCACCAUAUUCCCAAUUUAGAUCACUACUUUUGACCAGGACCCCAUAGGCCCUCUUCAAAAGUAGUGCACUAUUUAGGGGAUAGGGUGAGUUACAUAGGGCUCUGGUCUUAACUGAUUUACAGUACCAGUCAAAAGUUUGGACACACCUACUCAUUCCAGGGGUUUUCUAUAUUUUUACUAUUUUCUACAUUGUAGAAUAAUAGUGAAGACAUCAAAACUAUGAAAUAACACGUAUGGAAUCAUGUAGUAACCAAAAAAGUGUUAAACAAAUAAAAAUAUAUUUUAUAUUUGAGAUUCUUCAAAUAGCCAUCCUUUGCCUUGACAUCUUUGCACACUCUUGGCAUUCUCUCCACCAGCUUCACCUGGAAUGCUUUUCCAACAGUCUUGAAGGAGUUCCCACAUGUUGGCUGCUUUUCCUUCACUCUGCCGUCCGACUCAUCCCAAGCCAUCUCAAUUGGGUUGAGGUUGGGGGAUUGUGGAGGCCAGGUCAUCUGAUGCAGCACUCCAUCACUCUCCUUCUUGGUAAAAUAGCCACCCUUUGCCUUGAUGCCUUGAUGCCAGCUUUGCACACUCUUGGCAUUCUCUCAACCAGCUUCAUGAGGUAGUCACCUGGAAUGCAUUUCAAUUAACAGGUGUGCCUUCUUAAAAGUUAAUUUGUGGAAUUUCUUUCCUUCUUAAAUGCGUUUGAGCCAAUCAGUUGUGUUGUGACAAGGUAGGGGGGUAUACAGAAUAUAGCCCUAUUUGGUAAAAGACCAUAUAAUGGCAAGAACAGCUCAAAUAAGCAAAGAGAAACGACAGUCCAUCAUUACUUUAAGAAAUGAAGGUCAGUCAAUCUGGGAAAUUUCAAGAACUUUGAAAGUUUCUUCAAGUGCAGUCGCAAAAACCAUCAAGUGCAGGAUGAAACUGGCUCUCAUUUGGACUGCCACUGGAAUGGAAGACCCAGAGUUACCUCUGCUGCAGAGGAUAAGUUCAUUAGAGUUACCAGCCUCAGAAAUUGCAGCCCAAAUAAAUGCUUCACAGUUCAAGUAACAGAUACAUCUCAACAUCAACUGUUCAAAGGGGACUGUGUGAAUCAGGCCUUCAUGGUCGAAUUGCUGCAAAGAAACCACUACAAAAGGACACCAAUAAUAAGAAGAGACCUGCUUGGGCCAAGAAACACGAGCAAUGGACAUGGAAAUGUUUCCUUUGGUCUGGAGUCCAAAUCGGACAUUUUUGGUUCCAACCGCUGUGUCUUUGUGAGACGUGGUGUGGGUGAACGGAUGAUCUCCGCAUGUGUAUUUCCCACCGUAAAGCAUGGAGGAGGAGGUGUUAUGGUGUGGGGGUGCUUUACUGGUGACACUGUCUGUGAUUUAUUUAGAAUUCAAGGCACACUUAACCAGCAUGGCUACCACAGCAUUCUGCAGCGAUACGCCAUCCCAUCUGGUUUGGGCUUAGUGGGACUAUCAUUUGUUUUUCAACAGGACAGUGACCCAACACACCUCCAGGCUGUGUAAGGGCUAUUUGACCAAGAAUGAGAGUGUUGGAGUGCUGCAUCAGAUGACCUGGCCUCCACAAUCCCCCGACCUCAACCCAAUUGAGAUGGUUUGGGAUGAGUCGGACGGCAGAGUGAAGGAAAAGCAGCCAACAAGUGCUCAGCAUAUGUGGGAACUCCUUCAAGACUGUUGGAAAGCAUUCCAGGUGAAGCUGGUUGAGAGAAUGCAAGAGUGUGCAAAGCUGUCAUCAAAGCAAUGGGUGGCUAUUUGAAGAAUCUCAAAUAUAAAAUAUAUUUUGAUUUGUUUAACACUUUUUUGGUUACUACAUGAUUCCAUAUUUGUUAUUUCAUAGUUUUGAUGUCUUCAUUAUCAUUCUACAAUGUAAAAAAUAGUAGAAAUAAAGAAAAACCCUGGAAUGAGUAGGUGUGUCCAAACUUUGUCAGGUACUCUAGUCAAAAGUAAUGCACUUUGUAAGAGAUAGGGUGCCAUUUGGGACAUACCAUAACCCUGCUGGUCUGUUCUCUGUCCUGUAGGCUUUAUCUGGACAGAGAUUAAACAGAUGUGGGAUGGAGGGUUCCAGGACUAUAUCCAUGACUGGUGGAACCUCAUGGACUUUGUUAUGAACUCUCUGUACCUGGCUACCAUCUCUCUGAAGAUUGUUGCCUAUGUCAAGGUAUGAUGGUUGCUGUGCACUAGAUAAUAUGAAAUACGCUUGAAUAAAUUGCGCAACAAAUUCUUGAAAAUACAACCAGCUUACACUCAGGCUUCAUUUAAAUGAAUAGGAGCGCCUCACGCUCGUCAAAAGUUGUACGGUGGAGCAGGCCUAUUGGACAGACUAUGGAAUGCCGCCUCGCUCUCUCCCUCUCUCUCACAGUAGACUCUGACCUGUCCCCUCUCCGUCUCUCCUUCUCUCUCAUAGUAGACUCUGACCUGUCUCCUCUCUGUCUCUCCCACAGUAGACUCUGACCUGUCCCCUUUCCGUCUCCCACUCUCCCACAGUAAACUCUGACCUGUCCCCUCUCUGUCUCUCCCUCUCUCCCACAGUAGACUCUGACCUGUCCCCUCUCCGUCUCCCGCUCUCCCACAGUAAACUCUGACCUGUCCCCUCUCUGUCUCUCCCUCUAACCCACAGUAGACUCUGACCUGUCCCCUCUCUGUCUCUUCCACAGUAGACUCUGACCUGUCCCCUCUGUCUCUCCCUCAGUAGACUCUGACCUGUCCCCUCUCUGUCUCUCCCUUUCUCCCACAGUAGACUCUGACCUGUCCUCUCUCUGUCUCUCCCUCAGUAGACUCUGACCUGUCCCCUCUCUGUCUCUCCCUUUCUCCCACAGUAGACUGACCUGUCCCCUCGCUGUCUCUCCCUCAGUAGACUCUGACCUGUCCCCUCUCUGUCUCUCUCUUUUCCCACAGUACAGCGGCUUCAGGGCCAGGAACGAAUGGCAGAUGUGGCAUCCUACCCUGGUAGCAGAGUCUGUGUUUGCCAUCGCUAACAUAUUCAGCUCCCUCCGCCUCAUCUCUCUGUUUACAGCUAACUCACACCUGGGACCUCUACAGGUCAGGAUUAUCAUACUACUGUGUUUCUGUCAUUAUGUCCAGGAGCAGUAUGUAUUAAGCGUCUUAGAGUAGGACUGCUGAUUUAGGAUCAGUUUUUCCUUUUAAUUCACAAUUAAUAAUAUUACAUGGUCAGGGGAGGACCUGAUCCUAGAUCAGCAAUCCUACUCUGAGUAGAUUGAUACAUAUGGCCUCUGAUCUAUAAAGCACUUUGAGCUGCAAUUUAUUGUAUGAAAGUUUCCAGUUUAUGAUGAUGAUGAUGAUGAAUAUGAUUAUAAUCAUUAUUCCAGAUCUCUCUGGGCAGGAUGCUGCUGGACAUCCUUAAGUUCCUGUUUAUCUACUGCCUGGUGCUCUUGGCUUUCGCUAAUGGGCUCAACCAGCUCUACUUCUACUACGAGACAGAUGAGGGAAAGAAGGGAUGCAAGGGCAUCCGCUGUGAAACACAGAACAAUGCUUUCUCAACGUUAGUAAAGACCAUGCAUUAUAAUGUGUUCAUUUGUAACAUAUUUAAGUUUUGGUAGGGCUAAAAAAUUCUGGUAACUUUCCCAAUAUUCCCAGAAUCAGGAGGCAAUUAGCAGGAAACCCAGGAAUUUCUGGGAUUUGGGGAAAGUUACUGGACUUUUGCAACCUUACAUUUUUGUCAUUUAGACGGAUAUGUAUGUUUUGCCAAUUGCCUGGAUUAGGGCAAAAGUAGAAUGGCAGCCUUUUAUGGUCUCUUGACUAUUCUUGUAGAUCCUGCUUACCUUAUACAGUGGUCGAUUUUAGCAUGUAAAUCUUGGUGGGGCAAAAAUAUAAAUAAAAUGUGGGAUGCGUGCCAGCAAAGCCACAACACAACACUAAACAAUACAUUAAAUUGCACUAUGUGGUCCUCUGUAGCUCAAUUGAUAGAUCAUGGCGCUUGUAACGCCAGGGUAGUGGGUUCGAUCCCCGGGACCACCCAUACGUAAAAAUGUAUGCGCACAUGACUGUAAGUCGCUUUGGAUAAAAGCGUCUGCUAAAUGGCAUAUUAUUACUAUAACGGUGACAAACGGUGACCACAAACUGUUAGGGCCUACAUAAAGCUGUCCCAACAGCAGAGUUCCAACAGCAGUCCCAACACCUUACCACUGCUACACCUGGCUAUCAGCGGAGCCUUGUCUGGCAGCGAAACAGUUCAUUCAGCCUCAUUUACUGCCUUUAAAAAAAACAUAGCUGAUAUGGCUGACUUGCUUAAACAAAUGUGGUUUCUACUGACAAACUAUGGCAUAAGUGGACGACAAGCGGAUAAGAGGCAAUCCGUAAUUUCGAUUAAGACAUUAAUGAGCGAGCCAGGACGGACGUAGUCAAUAUAACUAUUUGUUCAACACUUUUGAAAUGUACAGCGACAGAAUUCAGAACAUGGGCCGUUCUUACAGUGUUCUCGCUGUACACCAAGUCAGAACCGUAGGAUAAAUAAAGGGGGCAUAUAAGCAGACAAUGAAAGCUCUAACAAUUUCCGAUGAUUACAUUUCUCUAAAACAGGUUAUAGGCUACAUGUGCACCACCAAGUCAGAAUAGUAGGCGACAUUAAGAGGUGAAAAUAGACUAAAUUAUUAGGGUGAGACACAUGGGCUACUAACAGUUUACUACACAACAUACACGUAGUAUUACUUUCUUAGCUACAGUAUACAUAUCUCCCUGGCAUAUUACAUCAUUUAUGCAGCAGCAUAUAAGACAUUUUUAGACUCACCUUAUUGUGAUGUGCUCAUUUGAACAGGAAGGUGGCGCGGCGGUCCUUCAUGGGCAAAUUUUGUCAUCAAAGAAAGAGAAAGAGGCCGGAUUUAUGACCGUUCAAAACUUAUUUUCCCAGUCUGAGCUCGUUUAUUCCCGACUUCCCAGUUGCAAUGCUUGCAGUUAGCCACUGUCACCGAUUCCUUCCAAACCACUCAUUGUUGAUUUUGCAAUUUCCAACUUGCUGUGUAAUGUUUAUGUCCAAUGGCCGAUCAGCACCGAUACGUUUUAUCUAUAAUUUCUCUUCAUUAUUUCUCUUCAUAUGAAAGGAUUAAAAAGGAUUUGCCAGUAGAUUGUUGACUUGAUUCAUGAUGAUGACUGCUACCUAAUAUUUUGAAAGUAAGAUGUUGGCAUGAUCAGUCCAAUCAAAGCUACUGUACCUAUAAUGUGAUUUGACGUCAUUUUAUCUGUGGCCAAUGACCUUGAGCCUUCUUGGAAGGGCACUUCUAAUGUAACUCUAUGGCAGGACCCAAAGGGCUAGAAUUUUCAGUGUCUACCCUUACUAAGGACUUAGACUUGGCGGUGACGUAGUGUCCCCAUGAGUGACAGAACACUGAGCCAAUCACGGCGCAACGCUCCUAUUUUCUGCUGGCUUGCCCCACCACCACAGAAAGCUAGGAUGAAACACCUGCAUUUUUGAGCUGCCUUACUAAAGAAAACAAAAAAGAGACCAUGUUUGUAUGCUGCUUUAUUAACUCAAUGAUAUAUUAUAAUAACAUGCAAAAAUGUGGGGCUCCUACUGAAUGACGGGUUGCCACUGACCUUAUAUAUUUAGAAAUAUAACCCCCUCAUUCUUUCAUCCCUCUCUCUCUCUCUCUCUCUCUCUUUCAUCCCUUUCUCUCACUCUCUCGCUCUCUUUUAUCCCUUUCACUCUCUUUCAUCUCUCUCCUCUCAUCUCUCAUCUCGCAUCUCUCAUCUCUCUCUCUUUCUCAUUUAGGUUGUUUGAGACGCUCCAGUCAUUGUUCUGGUCUAUCUUUGGGUUGAUCAGUCUGUAUGUGACCAACGUGGAGGCAGACCAUCAGUUCACAGAGUUUGUAGGGGCCACCAUGUUUGGAACCUAUAAUGUCAUCUCUCUGGUGGUUCUACUCAACAUGCUCAUCGCCAUGAUGAACAACUCCUACCAACACAUCGCUGUAAGUGUAACCCUAACCAUAACCCUAACGCUAACCCUAGUCAUGAUGGACAACUGCUACCAACAUAUUGCUGUGAGUCUUGCUCUAUCACUGGAAAGCAAAAUCAUUCAUUCAUUCAUUUGUUUAUGAGCCCAACAACCUGUCUGCAGUCAUUUUAUUUCACAAAGUUUUGUUCAUAUCACUUGUUCAGAUGGUUAGCAUGUGUUGUUUCUGUUCAGGAUCAUGCAGACAUUGAGUGGAAGUUUGCAAGAACCAAGUUGUGGAUGAGUUACUUUGAAGAGGGAGGGACUCUGCCUUCUCCAUUCAACAUCAUCCCUAGCCCCAAGUCAAUCUGGUACUUCAUCUGCUGGAUCAGGAAACACAUCUUCAAGAUCACCAGGACCAAGAAAACAGAAACAUUUAGAAACAUAGGGGUGAGGAGGAAGUCUCUAGUCUACAUCAACAGUACUUUUACUGAACAGUAGGGUUGCAAAAUUCCAGUCAUUUCCCCCAAAUUCCUAGGUUUUCCAGAAAUCCUAGUUGGAUGAUUCCCGGAUUUCUUGUUUAUUCCUCGCUGAUUCUGGGAAUCUUCCAACUGGGAUUUCUGGAAGACCUGGGAAUUUUGGGAAAGUUACCAGAAUUCUGCAACUCUACUGAACAGUUUACAGUUGAAACUUCUACUUCUUCUCUUCUCCUCUAGACUCAGAGUGUUGUUCACAACGAAUUAUCAUGAAUGAAAUUACCUGUUCUUCCCAGAAUGGUUAGACGUGCAUCAUGAGACAUAACUGGUCUGAAAGCAUCAGCAGUUAGAAGUUAAAGGGAUAGUUCAGGAUUUUGGCAAUUAACCAUUAUGUCUCUGCGUCCAGUAUGAAGGAAGUUAGAGGUAGUUUCGCAAGCCAAUGCUAACUAGCAUAUGCACUAGCUUAGCGAAAAAGACGUAGUGCUUUUGGAGUAAAUUAAUGUUCCUUUUUUGUAGAAACGGGCUGCUAUAAACGUAAGAAUAAACCACCAGUAUCAGGUAUUUAUGCGUUUGUUUUUUCACUAUAAAAUUGAUUAUUUCUCAUUCAUUAUGUGUCAGUUUUCAAUGUGUUUCAUUCUGUAGAUGCAGAUAUAUUGAACUAGAUUUUUCCCAAAUGGCACCCCAUUCUCUAUAUAAUGCACUACUUUUGACCAGAGCUCUAUGGCCCUGGUCAAAAGUAUCGCACUACUGUAUAUAGGAAAUAGGAUGCCAUUUGGGACGCAUCCCUGUACCUGUCCACUCUCAGGAUGAUGUUUUCCAUAUUAUCCUCAGAAGUUGUUAGUAACCCAGGAGUGGAGGUUUUUGAUAUGAUUCUAUCAACCUGUGGACUGUGUUGUUUUCAGGAGGUUUUGAGGAACCUGGUGAAGAGAUAUGUAGCAGCCAUGAUCAGAGAUGCCAAGACAGAGGAAGGACUGACUGAGGAGAACUUUAAGGUAAGGUUUGGUUUCCUCUGACAUUACACAUUUCUUUACAUUUGUUUCUCUAUCCACCACCAGACAGGGACGACAGACGAAAAAUAAGCAUUGUUUCUAACUCCAGCAAUUAAUGUUGAUUAACGUGCACUGUCCACUGUAAAUGUCAUAAAUAGAUAAACAAGUUGUAUGUGUGUACGUUUCUUUCCUCAGGAGCUGAAGCAGGACAUCUCCAGCUUUAGGUAUGAGGUCCUGGGGAUGAUGAAGGGGAAGGUGGGGCCCGGGGGUGAGGGCGUGGCUUUAGCAGGAAGUAAACCCAGUGAAGGGGCAGGGGCCUCCAGUCUGGUCUACCCUGACCACUCCUUCAAGUACUCCCCCAAGUUCCCCCCGGCCACGCCUAAGACCAACAUGUUUCACGACACCACAUCCGUGCUCCAGCAGAGGGCAGCCCCCUCCACCACCUCCUCCUCCACAUCCCCUUCCACCUCUCAGGGCUUGAACAGACUGUUCAACGGCUCUGUGGUACCCUCUUGGGCCUCCACUGACACCUCCUCCAACCCGACCUCCUCCACUCCCAUCUCCUCUUCCUCCUCCACUCCCAUCCAUGCCUCCACCAAAGACAGGCUGGCCAGGAAAGACUUUCCCAAAGACAUCUGUGACUUUGGGCUCUACUCUGUGUCUGACGAGAUGGGGGAGGCUGACCUGGAGGAGCUGGACUGUGCUGGAGAGAAGGAGGAGCAGGAGGGGAGAGUGAAGAGAGAGAAGAGUCAAUGUUAA